GGACGCGCAGACGUGUCGCCUCUUCUGAGAACAGACGCCGGGUUUGUGUCUCUACUGGAGUCCAGGUGGGGGCGCUAAUCCUGCAACUGAGGAUCUUCGACCCUGUAAGGCGCAGAAGCAGAACCCGUUCUCUAACCCCCUCCAAAGUUCCUGCUUUCUCCUCUCCUGGUGCAGAUCUUCUCCACAUCUACUCGGCAGGUGUUCUCCGUUCCCCCUCAUCGGCUGUCCCAGUUCUGCAGAGCUGAAGGUGAAGAAACGUAGGCCGUGCUGCUCCAAGUCUUCUGCACCUACACAGUUUUAAUUGAGCUCCACAAACACUUCAGGAAGUGUCAGCAGGACCAAAUGCACACUGAUGCCAUCAGAAGAGACUGAAUGUGAGAAUAUGGAACCUGCUGGAAGGUCCAGCACUCAGCGAACGUUCUCCAGUUCUCUCCACACAAACCCAUCUAGUAAAGAAACGCAGACGAACGCAGGAAAGAAGAGAACUCACCGCUGCUCAGAGUGCGGGAAGAGCUUCAUUCAGCGAGGUCAUCUGCAGCAACAUCGGCGCAUUCACACAGGAGAGAAACCGUUUCACUGCUCCGAGUGCGGCAAGAGUUUUAAUAACUGCAAUAAUCUCCAGCGACACCAGCGCACUCACAGUGCAGAGAAACCGCAUCAGUGUUCAGAAUGUGGGAAGAGUUUCAGAGAGAAAAGAAACCUCCAGUUACACAAGCUCAGUCACUCGGAAGAGAAACCGUAUCAGUGCUCAGAGUGCGGGAAGAGCUUUAAUCAGAACACUAAUCUCAGAAAACACCAGCGCAUUCACACGGGAGAGAAGCCGUAUCAAUGCUCCGACUGCGGACACGGUUUUGAUGAUCGAUAUGCCUUCCAAAGGCACCACCAGAUCCACACAGGAGAGAAACCGCAUUACUGCUCGGACUGCGGGAAGAGUUUUACUCAGAGCGGUCACUUAAAACAACAUCGGCGCAUUCACACAGGAGAGAAACCGUUUCAGUGCUCACAGUGCGGCAAGAGUUUUACUCAACAGGUUCAUCUCCAAACGCACCAGCGCGUUCACACGGGAGAGAAACCGUAUUACUGCUCCGAGUGCGGGAAGAGCUUUAACAGUCAGAAUAACCUCCAGCGACACCAGCUGAUUCACACAGGAGAGAAACCGCAUCAGUGCUCAGAGUGCGGGAAGAGUUUCCGAGAAAAAGGUUGCCUCCGAACGCACCGCCGCACUCACACAGGAGAGAGGCCGUAUCAGUGCUCUGCGUGCGGGAAGAGCUUUACUCAGAAAAGUAAUCUCCGAACACACCUGCGCACCCACACAGGAGAAAAGCCGUACGACUGCCCGGAGUGUGGGCACAGAUUUGGUGACCGAUAUACCCUCCAAAGACACCAGCAGAUCCACACCGGAGAGAAGCAGUAUUACUGUGCAGAGUGUGGGCGGAACUUUAGGCAUUCCGGUACUUUAAAAAUUCACAAUUGUAUUAAGCUCAGUCAUGGUGACCGAGCUGGUUCUGACCUCUCUGGGGCCCUAAAGGAAAUUCUGCAAAGGGGCCCUUCUAUCUGACCCCUGAACCAUGUUAAACCAUUACAAUUGCCACACCCGACCCCCCAGCGCUCCCACCACAUAAAUAAUUGUCUUGUUUUAAAAUGA